AUGAAGCUCGGGUGGCUCGAGUUGGCCGCUCUGACGGCCUCGGUCGCCGGUGCCAAGGAAUUGGCCUAUUCUCCCCCAUACUACCCUUCCCCAUGGAUGGACGGCCAGGGCGACUGGGCCGAUGCCCACAAGCGCGCCGUCGAAUUUGUGUCCGGCCUGACCCUCGCGGAAAAGGUCAACCUCACCACGGGGUCUGGUUGGGAACAGGAACGCUGCGUCGGCGAGACCGGUGGCAUUCCACGACUCGGCAUGUGGGGCUGGUGUAUGCAGGACUCGCCGCUGGGGGUUCGUGACUCCGACUACAACUCGGGAUUCCCCGCCGGCGUCAAUGUCGCCGCUACCUGGGACAAGAGCCUCGCGUACCUGCGUGGUAAGGCCAUGGGCGAGGAGCACCGUGACAAGGGUGUUGAUGUGCAAUUGGGCCCCGUGGCUGGCCCGCUGGGCAAGAACCCGGAUGGCGGUCGAGUCUGGGAAGGAUUCGCCCCGGACCCCGUCUUGACCGGUCAACUGUUCGCGGAAACCAUCAAGGGUAUUCAAGAUGCUGGUGUCAUUGCUUGCGCCAAGCAUUACAUUCUCAACGAGCAGGAGCAUUUCCGCCAGUCGAGUGAGGCGCAGGGCUAUGGCUAUAACAUCGACCAGAGUGUCAGCUCCAACCUGGAUGACAAGACCAUGCACGAGUUGUAUCUCUGGCCCUUUGUCGAUGGGAUCCGUGCCGGUGUGGGCUCCGUCAUGUGCUCGUACAACCAGAUCAAUAACAGCUAUGGCUGCUCCAAUAGUUACACGCUCAACAAGCUGCUCAAGGGCGAACUGGGUUUCCAGGGCUUCGUCAUGAGUGACUGGGGUGCGCACCACAGUGGUGUGGGCGAUGCUCUGGCCGGUCUGGAUAUGUCGAUGCCCGGUGAUGUGCUUCUCGGCAGCCCAUACUCCUACUGGGGUACUAACCUGACCAUUGCGGUGCUCAAUGGCACCAUCCCCGAGUGGCGCAUUGACGAUAUGGCUACCCGCAUCAUGGCUGCCUAUUACAAGGUCGGCCGCGAUCAAGUCCGCACUCCGCCCAACUUCAGCUCCUGGACCCGCGACGUGUAUGGUUAUGAGCACUUCAUAGUGAGCGAGAACUACGUCAAGCUUAACGAACGUGUCAACGUCCAAGGUAACCACGCCAACGUGAUUCGCAAGGUCGGCUCGGACAGCAUUGUCCUGCUGAAGAACAAUGGCGCGCUGCCCCUGACCCAUGACGAGAAGUUUGUUGCCAUUCUGGGCGAGGACGCUGGAUCCAACCCCUAUGGUGCCAAUGGCUGUAGUGACCGUGGAUGCGACGACGGAACUCUGGCUAUGGGCUGGGGUAGCGGCACUGCCAACUUCCCCUACUUGAUCACCCCAGAGCAGGCCAUCCAGAACGAAGUGAUCUUCAGCAGCCAGGGCAAGGGCGAUGUCUUUUCCGUCACUGACAACUGGGCCCUGGAUCAGAUAGCUGCGACCGCUGCCCAGGCUGAUGUCUCCCUGGUCUUUGUGAACGCCGAUUCCGGCGAGGGCUACAUCAAUGUCGACGGCAACGAGGGUGACCGCAAGAACAUGACCCUGUGGGGGAACGGCGAAGAGGUCAUCAAGACUGCCACCGAGAACUGCAACAACGUCGUUGUCAUCAUGCACACCCCGAACGCCGUUCUGAUUGGCGAUUGGUAUCACAACCCCAACAUCACCGCCAUUCUCUGGGCUGGCCUUCCCGGUCAGGAGAGUGGCCGUAGUCUGGUUGAUGUCCUGUAUGGCCGCGUCAACCCUGGUGGCAAGACUCCGUUCACCUGGGGCAAGACUCGCGAGGCUUAUGGUCCUCCCAUCCUCACUCAGCCCAACAACGGCGAGGGCGCUCCUCAGGACGACUUCACCAACGGUGUCUACAUUGACUACCGCCACUUCGACAAGUAUGAUUACCAGCCCAUCUACGAGUUUGGUUACGGUCUGAGCUACUCCUCCUUCUCCUUCUCGGAUCUGGAGGUCACUGCUCUGCACGGCGGCAAGUACAGUCCCACCACCGGCAUGACCAAGAAGGCUCCUGUCCUUGGCAAAAUCGGUCAGGCUUCGGACUACUUGUUCCCAAAGAGCAUCAAGCGCAUCACCCAGUACCUGUACCCGUACCUCAACUCCACCAACCUCCGCGAGUCGUCCGGCGAUCCGGACUACGGCAUGCCGAGCAAGGACUACAUCCCCGCCGGUGCCACCGACGGCUCUCCUCAGGAACUGCUUCCUGCCAGCGGCCCCUCGGGCGGCAAUCCAGGUCUCUUCGAGGACCUCUUCCGCAUCACAGCGACCAUCACCAACACCGGCAAGGUUGCCGGCGACGAGGUUCCCCAGCUGUACAUCUCUCUCGGCGGCGAGGACGACCCUGUCCGCCAGCUGCGUGCGUUUGACCGCGUCUCUCUCCAGCCCGGUCACAAGGUCGAGUGGUCGACCACCCUCAACCGCCGCGAUCUCUCCAACUGGGACACGGAGUCCCAGAACUGGGUCAUUAGCAAGGCGACCAAGAAGGUGUACGUUGGCAACUCAUCGCGCAAGCUGCCCCUGUCUGCUACUUUGCCUAGGGUCCAGUAG